AUGUUCAUUGAAAAGUGUGAGAAGAUCCUGAAGGGCCACGCCACUCAAAUGAUGUCGAAGUAUGAUAAAAAAAAGAAACAAAAGUCUACCCGACAAGAAGCAAGGGACAAAACUCUCGCCAAAUUAAAAGACACACUUUCACAAAAGAGGUCUCUGCAAGCAUCUGAAGAGUUGUUCAGCAGCUCUGACGAUUGCCAGACACCUGUUCGCAAGAAAAGAAUGCGGAUACAGCAGUUCUCACCGCAGCCCAGUUCAGAUGAUACAGACAUUGGGAGCCCACCCCCUUUGCAGAUUACAGGGACUGAUGCUCAAGAUAACGCUGUGCCAUCAAUGGCAGAGAUUAUCGGGUGUCUUCGUGAACUCCCAGAGACACUGCGAUUAAUGAAGGAGUGUGUGGAGAAAGUGAACACAUCACUGUCCCAUACUUCUUCAACCAAUGUUUCUCACUUUCUACCAGGGAAGACGGUGGCAGUUUCUAAAAGGGCUUUUCUUCGUUUGAAUCGAACACGGAUGACCGUUUUCGCCCAAGAGUUAGCGGUGCUUCUUUUUUCAAAGGACACUCUGGCAAAGUCAACUUUAACUGGAAAGUAUGGAAAAGGAGAAAUGGCCAAAGGUCAACUAGAUGUGAUCAAAGUCCAGGCCAUUACAGAUGCUGUAAUUGAAGAAUUUCCGGGAUCCACAGUGUCUGAAGUUCGUGCUGCCAUAAGAAGAAAGUGCAACAAUGAACAUUUCUCACAUAAGAGGCCAUAG